UAGUUCUUAUUAAAACACCAGAGCGUUAACAACACAUUUGUACAGAUAACGGUGGUGGCUAAAAAGAAAAACCCACGAGAAAAAAGGCCAAUAAAACAAAAUAAAAAAAAGAGCAAUUUGAAAACACACACUCUCCCUAUAAACAUUGAGUGAGUUGGUUGGUGUGCGUAGCGUGUAAUUGUAUGAGUGCGUACUGAUUGCAUUUUAUUGUAUUGGCGCGUUUUAUUUGAAACAGAAUUAAAACGUUAAUCAUACAAGUAACGUCAACGUUUGAAUAUUUGUUUUUUGGUUUGAGUACUAACGUUCAUAUACUAAGCAGUUAGUUGUUUAACGAUAACGAACGUGUUAAGAACGUUUGUGAAAACAAAGGCGGUCGACAAAGUGUUAAAAGAAUAAAGAAGAAAAAAAUAUUAUAGAAAAGCAUAAAAAGAGAAGAUAAUAAAUAAUAAAGUUAAAAAAAGUAAAUAAGAAAAAUAAACGUAAUUUUUCUUAAAAAAAAAUUUACGAAAAAAUCUUAACGAAUUUAUAGCAAAAGAAAAUAAACCGAAAAUUUUGAAUAAAAGUUAAAAAAAUUGUUAUAAAUUACAAAUCUUUAUAAAGAAUUUAAAGUGUGUCACUGUUGUGUUAAAGAACAACCUUAAUAAAAAGUAAUAUUCUUCAACAAAUUCACGUGCUGCUGUUUAUUCUUUUCAAAGAAAAUUAUUGGAAAUUUUGUUUAAUUACAAUAAAAAAGCUUCUUUAAAUGGCCAAAGGGACUUUUUAAACAAUUUGUUUUAGUUUUCCUGCAUUUAAACUUUAAAAAUCUCAAUAAAUUUUUAUAAAAAUAAAAAAACAACUUUAGUGUGAAAAAAAUCGUGUUAAAAUUAUAGUUUUUUUCUAUAUAAAACAAAAUACCUAACAGUGAAUAACACCAAUUUGUUUUAAAAAUAUAACAAACAAAAUCUAAAUAAAAAUAUAGUGUUUUUUAUUGCGAAAAAAUAAACGAAAAAAAAAACAUAUAAAAAACAUUCUAAAAUAAAACUAACAAACAUCAAUCUGUAGCAGAUAUAAAAAAAAUUUACUAGAACAACGCACUGCUUCAACUGAACGACAGCAAAAACAACAACAACAACUAUACAAAAAUGGGGCCUAUAGGCAAAAUAAAUAUUAAACCAUUGGCAACCAAAGCCAUCAUAGCAGUAUUAUUUUUAAAUUUAUUAUUAAUAGAUUUCACAUUAGCCGAUGACGAUGCCAAAUUGGAAAUAUUCCCCAUGCAAGAAGUACAAAGAAAACCCGUGGGUAAAUCCUUAAUAUUAACCUGUCGACCCAAUGUGCCUCAAGGUAGUCUAGUCACCGAUUUACAAUGGAAAGAUAAUUUCAAUAAUACAAUAUUGCCCAAACCGUACAAAUCUUAUCAACCACUGUAUGAUUCCAAAGGACAUAGAUUAACUGAUAAAAAUGGCCGCAAUCAACAGCCACCCAUGUAUACAGAAACAUUACCCGGUGAAAGUUUGGCGCUUAUGAUUACCUCUCUCAGUGUGGAAAUGGAAGGCAGAUACUAUUGUACAGCAUCGUAUGCCAGUACAGAGCUGUUGAAAACCAGUGUAAUGAUUAAAACUUAUGUUGCCAUUACUUGGACAAAUGCCCCCGAAAAUCAAAAUCCCAUUUUGGGCGAAGAUUAUGUGGUGAGAUGUGAAGUUAAGGCCGAUCCUAACCCUACAAUUGAUUGGUUGAGAAAUGGUGAUCAAAUCCGCACCGGCGAUAAAUACGUCGUACAAACCCAUGGUCUUCUCAUACGUAAUGUCCAAGAAUCCGACGAUGGUAUUUAUACCUGCCGUGCUGCUGUCAUUGAGACUGGUGAACUACUCGAACGUACCAUACGCGUUGAAGUCUAUAGCCGUCCUGAGAUCACUUUCUUACCCAAUACAUUGGAAGCGGUAGAGGGUAAACCAUUUGCAGCCAAUUGCACAGCUACCGGCAAGCCAGUACCAGAAAUUUCCUGGAUUAAAGAUGCUACCCAACAAAAUGUGGCCAGUGCAGAUCGUUUUCAAGUGAAUCCCCUGACUGGGCUAUUAAAUAUUAAUUCGGUGACACAGGACGAUUAUGGCAUGUAUACAUGUAUAGCGAAAAACGAUGCCGGUGUAGUGGAUAAGAAGACGAAAUUUAAUGUUUUGAUAAGACCCUCCGUCUAUGAGUUGUACAAUGUGACCGGUAUUAGUGAGAAAGAAGUCGCAAUAACAUGUCGUGCCAAGGGUCGUCCUGCACCCGAAAUUACCUUCAGACGUUGGGGCAGCGAGGAUGAGUAUGCACCGGGCGUACAGGUCGAUGAUGAUCGUAUUGUUUUGGAACAACAUUUUGAUGAGGAAAAAGGUGAAAGUUCUGGUACUUUGCGUAUUGCUCGUGCUAUGCGUACCGAUGAUGGUCUAUAUCAGUGUUUGGCUCGCAACAAGGGUGAAACGGCUUAUAAGACGGGACAUAUUACUGUGGAAUUUCCACCAGAUUUCUCGCAUAUGAAAACUUUACCUCCCGUCUUCAGUUGGGAAGAGCGUAAGGCUAAUUUGAGUUGUUUGGCUAUGGGUAUACCAAAUGCUACCAUUGAAUGGAGAUGGAAUGGCAAACCGAUUAAGGAUUCUUUCGAUAAAAAUUUAGUGAUUGAGGGUACAGGACCACGUAGUAAUUUGAUAGUACAUCCCGUGGCUCGUCAAUAUUAUUCGGUUUAUAAAUGUAUUGCCACCAAUAUCCAUGGCACGGCUGAGCAUGAUAUGCAAUUGAAGGAGGCUAGAGUACCCGAAGCUGUGGAGGCUGCUGUACCCAAACAAUUAACCGCUACUAGUAUUACUUUUGAUAUACGAGGACCACCCACAGAAUUAGGUUUACCCAUAACGGCAUUUACAGUGCAAUACAAAGAAGCCAUUAAUCCCGAUUGGUCAACGGCCCAAAAUCGCAGCUGGUCUCCAGAUUCGCCCUAUAUUGUUGAGGGACUGAAACCCCAGACCAUGUAUCAUUUCCGUUUUGCUGCACGCAAUCAAGUAGGUUUAAGCAUUUGGGGUGUGAAUACCCAACAAUCGACACCCAAGAGAUCAGCACCCGAAGAACCCAAACCUUUACAUGCACCCGAACAAAAUGAUUUCGAAGAACCCGUGGUGGUCUCACCCUAUUCCGAUCACUUUGAAUUAAGAUGGAGUGUACCUGCCGAUAAUGGUGAACCCAUUGACUUCUAUCAAGUUAAAUAUUGUCCGGGCGUCAAAAUGGCCGGUGCCUGGCAUGAGCUGGAAAAUCAAUGUCAAUCAGCCGAUGUUAUCGAAAGCACUUCCUAUGAAAUGACACGCUUAAGUGGCAACACCUAUUAUCGCAUAGAAUUGCGUGCCCACAACAUUAUAGGCUUCUCAUCGCCUGCCUCCAUUAUAAUGAAAACAACACGAGGUAUCGAUGUUAUACAAGUUGCUGAAAGACAAGUGCUAUCCUCCGCCUCCAUAGUAGGCAUAGCAGUAGGCGGAGUUUUGCUGUUACUUUUCAUAGUGGACUUAUUAUGCUGUGUUACCAUUAAUAUGGGUGUAAUGGCCAGUAUGUGUAGGCGCACCAAAAGAUCACCCUCGGAAAUCGAUGAGGAAGCUAAACUGGGAAGAGAUGAAAAACAGCCUUUACAAACACCCACCGGAAGUAUGAAACAAAAUUCCACAGUGGAAUUUGAUGGUAAAUUUGUACACUCACGAAGUGGUGAAAUAAUAGGCAAAAAUUCAGCAGUAUAAAUUGCCAAGAAGAACAGUAACAAAAAUUUACAACUUAUAGAGAAGGAGUUAUAUAAAAAUAUAAUGAAAUAAUUUAGUAAAAUCUUUUAUAAUUAAAAAAAGAUUUUACUUCAAAUUUUGGGAAUACAUAUGCUUGGAUUAUAAAAUAAAUAUUAACUUUAUAUAAAGUAUUAAAUUUAUAUAGAGUAAAGAAAAAUAUUUAUAUAUAUAUAUAAAAUGAAAAGAAAAUAGUAAU